AUGCAAGCGUCAACACACUUGUGGAAAGAGCCCAGGUCGCCUGUACAUGGAGACCUACUUGUACGGGCAAUACGUCAGAGCGAGCACCAACUCGUAUCAGUUCUCCUCGAAUACGACCCUGACGUGCAUUCCCUCAUUAGCAACGAGUCUCCAAUCGAGGCAGCUUGUAGUACUGCCGACUUAAUCACUUUCCGGGCUGUGCUACAGCAUGUCGACAAAGACCGCAUCAAUGAAGUCAGCCUUCAAAGACGGCCGCUCAUACACCAUGUGGUCUUCGACAGCAACUUCUAUAAGGUGGAGAAGACCAAGGACUUGCUUCUCCACGGCGCAGACCCAAAUGCAACGUUUGCCACACGGGACAAAGAGUCGAUCAUCUCUCUAGUGGCCGGGAGGGGGCAGUUCGGCAUAGUUGAUCUCCUGGUGGAGUUCGGGGGCGACAUCUAUAAUGCGGAACAUAAUGGCUUCACGGUGGCCACCGCAGCCGCCACUUACGGAAAUGUCCAGCUACUGAAAAGGCUGCGAAGCGGAGAGGCCCCGGAGGGUUACUUCGCCAAGACCUUCAGCAUGUUCUUUUACGACAAGCUCAACAGGCAGUGGCGUCCCGGGAAAGGAUGUACCCUCUUACACAGCGCCGCCGCGGGCUCUCUUGGAUACACAACCCAGUAUUUGCUGGACGAAGACCUUGGGCUUAGCGUGAAUGCCAUUUCCGAGCACCGCGUGACUCCGCUUCAUGUGGCCACACAGCGCGGCAACAUCGAAGCCGUCAUGGCUCUUAUUGAGCGCGGCGCGAACGUCAAUAUGCGCGACGCCAGGGGCUGGCUUCCACUGGACUGUGCAUUCGACGUCCGGGACCGCGAGAUAGCCCGGGUCCUCAUUGAAGAAGGAUCCGAGAAGACCUCGAUCGUUCAGUGGCUGAGCCUCCAAAGGACUGUACUAGAAGAUCUCAACAAGGCUUCUGGUCAGCGACAGAGGACUUUCCACACGGCUUUUGACUUGGAAGCCGCUAUCAAGACCGGAAACUUGAACGAGUGCAAGGCAAUAAUCGUCGACGAGGGCUGCUCUAUUGACGCCAUUCUGCCAUCUUGUCAGGGCUGUCCACCGCUGUUCAGCUCGGUCCGGGCUAACAGGCCGGAAAUUGUCUCGUGGCUAAUAUCCAUGGGUGCAAACCCAGACAACGUCCUGUGCUGGGGGCAUCGCGAAUUGUUUUGUGGUCUGGCGCCGCUGGCCACCCAUUACCUGACUUCAACGAAGUGCUUAGAGCAACUGCUCACCUACGUCCUUCUCCGUAGAAUUGACGUAUUCAACCAGCCACACAACCCUCUUCAUGUGGCUGCGCAAAAUGGGAACACCUCCUUCCUGUUGACCAUCAUCGCCCAUAUUCGUAGUUAUGAAAAGGAAUACCGGUUCGUCAGCCCCUGGCACAUCCCCUCACUCUUGUCACUUGUCACUUGUCUCUAA